AUGAUUUAACACAACUUUAACCCAUUUAGAAAAAGUAAUCGGUAAACAUAUUCAUUAUUUGAUGAAAAAAGUUCAUAUGAGAUAAAAGUUGAAGAUGAAUAGGCAAUAUUGAAACCUAUACCAAAAUAUGUUUGGGAAGAUGAUUACUAUGAAUAAUUGAAAUUAGAGUUAAAAUAUUAUAAGGUAGACAUAUAGGUAUUAUCUCAUUCUGAAUGGGAACAUCUUUUUCUAACAGGAAUGUAUGAUUCUAACAAAAAUUUAUUAUUAUCAAUAUUUACUACAAGAUCAUUAACUGUGAGGUAAGUAUUUGAUUUUAUAACAAUGUAAUGUUAAAUGACUCGUUAAUUUGAGCAUCUUAAAAAACCAUUGAAAGAAAAAAAUUAUGAAUCCAUUAUUAAAGAUGUACAUAGAACUUUUAAGAGUUCAGAUUAUUUUUAGAAGGAAGAAGCACUUUAAAGACUUUAGGAUAUAUUAGUGGCUUAUUGUAAUUUGGAUUCAGAGGUUUCCUACGGUUAAGGUAUGAACUUCAUUGUAGCAGCUCUUAUGUAUUUAGAUUUCAAUAAUGAUGAAGCUAUCUUUGAAAUUUUAAGGACUGUAGUUAUGGAUAAAGAAUGGAGACUACUUUAUAUUAACGGAUCACCAGGACUAUUCUUUUUGAGAGCAAAAUUCAACUUUAAAUUUUAAAAAAGAAUGCCUGAAUUAUAUUAACAUUUUCUAAGUGUUGGAAUAGAGGAUAUGAAUUUGUGUGUAAGUGCAUUUUACUUAACUUUAUUUAUGUAACAUGCUCCAAUAUAAUUCUCUUUAGUGUUAUUGGCUAUGUAUUUUAUUGAGGGUCAUGACAUUUUAACUAAAAUGAUAUUAUCUAUGAUGAAGUAUUUUGAGAAUUAUUUAUUAAAAUUAAACGACUUUUAACAAAUAAUUGAGUUUAUCAAAAGAGGUCUGAUAAAUAAUUUCUAUCGAGAAAUUCAACAAUGUAGGAAACAAUAGAGAUUAGUAUAAGUACUAUUAGAUAUUGGGUUAAUUAAAAGGAAAGAUAAAUAACACAAUCAAAAAACAAAAAAGGGAUAAAUGAAAUAAUUAAUUGAUAAGCAAUUAGGAAAUGAUGUUUAUAGUUAUUUUUUUAGAUGA